AUGCCCAUCACAAUCCUCGCCCCGAGAGGCACGCCGUCACAACACAAGCCCCCACAGCAGGCCAGCGAUUCCGACUCAGAUUCCGAUGGCGGCGUCGACAUCGAGGGCGACGUGCCCAUGCGCCCGACUAAGCGUGCCCGCGGCGACAACUACGAGAUCGUAACGCCCGGUGAAGUCAUCACGGACGACCCCCAGUGGAUGAGAGGCCACGGUACCUACGUGACCCCAAGCACGACCGAGAUCGUCUCCUCCGUCGCGGGAACCGUAACCCGCACCAACAAGCUCCUCUCCGUCCGCCCCCUCCGCGCCCGGUACACCCCCGAAAUCGGCGACCUCGUCGUCGGCCGCAUAGUCGAGGUCCAGGCCAAGCGCUGGCGCGUCGACGUCGGCUCCUCGCAGCUCGCCAUCCUCGCCAUCUCCGCCAUCAACCUCCCCGGCGGCAUCCUCCGCAAGCGCACCGACACGGACGAGCUCCAGAUCCGCUCCUUCUUCGCCGAGGGCGACCUCGUCGUCGCCGAGGUCCAGCAGCUGCACCAGGACGGCGCCGCGAGCCUGCACACCCGCUCCCUCAAGUACGGCAAGCUGCGCAACGGCGUCUUCGUCGCCGUCACGGGAACCGGCGGCGGCGGCGGCGUCGUGAGGUCCAAGAGGCAGCAGUGGGUCAUGGACGCCGCGAGGGGCGCGGGCAAGGUGCACGUCACGCUCGGCGUCAACGGGUUCAUCUGGAUUGCCAAGCAUGUCGAGAGCGAGAUGCCCGAGUCGGUGGGCCUGAACCGGAUGGAGGAGACCGUGAGCGCCAACGUCUACUCGAGCCAGAACGACCGCAUUGACGUCGACACCAUGCGGGAGAUCGCGCGGAUACGCAGUGUGAUUCUUGCGCUGGUGGAGAACGGUCUGCGCGUGGACGAGGAUAUGGUGGCCAGAGGCUACAAGGAAGCGGUUGAGAUGGGACUGGAAAGCGUCGAGGACGACAUUUACCUGGGCGGCGAGAAGGGGAAAAGGCUCACGGAGGCGUUGCUGAAGGAGUAG